AUGACCAACUUCAACAUUGAAAUCGUCAGUGACCCAGUGUGCCCCUGGUGCUACAUCGGCAAGAAGAAGCUCGACAAAGCCAUCGAGAUCCACCAGUCUACACACCCAUACGACACCUUUACUAGAACAUGGAAGCCCUUCUAUGUCAAACCUCACUCUCCCGAAAAAGGAGUACCCGUACUUCCAAACUUGAGGAAACAGUACGGAACAAUGAUGGCCAACAUGAUGACCGAGAGAGUGAGAUCAAUUGGCGCCGACGCAGGGAUUAACUUCAAAUUCGAGGGCAAGACGGGCAGAACACGCGACGCCCACCGGCUAAUCCAGCUAGGGAAAACGAAAUCUCCAGAGAUGCAAACUCGAGUUGUGGAAGAGCUCUUCGCGUCAUAUUGGGAAGGAGAGGCAGAUAUCACCAGCCACGAGGAUCUCACCAAGGCUGGUGUAAAAGCAGGGCUUGAUGAGGCGGAAGUGAAGGAAUGGUUAGCAAAUGAUAGGGGAGGAAAGGAGGUAGAUGCCGAGGCCGGCAUGGCGCGAGUUAAUGGAGUACCUAAUUACAGGGUGGGAAAGUACACAGUCAGUGGUGCUCAAGAUCCGGGAGCCUUUCUAAAGAUAUUUCAUAAGAUUAAGGCUAUCGAGAAUGGGGAGCCUGAAGGAUGGGGUUCAUGUGUAGGCCAGUGA